AUGGGUAGAUUCAAGAGAAACAAGGAAGUCUUGUUCUCUUGUUUGAUUUUGGUCUUUCUGGUUGUACUCCCAACCCCCCUAGUGACAGCAGAAUGCACGUGUGACGAAGAGAAUGAAGAUCACGAUAAAGGAAAAGCUAUGAAGUACAAAAUAGCAGCUUUGAUAUCGAUUCUAGUUGCGAGUGCAAUUGGGGUUUGUAUUCCUCUUCUGGGAAAAGUGAUACCUGCGUUGAGGCCCGAGAAGGAUAUUUUCUUCAUCAUAAAGGCUUUUGCUGCGGGUGUGAUUCUGGCCACUGGUUUCAUCCAUGUGUUACCCGAUGCUUUUGAAAAUUUAACCUCGCCCUGUUUGAAGGAGCAUCCGUGGGGGGAUUUCCCCUUCACUGGGUUUGUGGCCAUGUGCACUGCCAUGGGGACUCUCAUGGUGGACACUUAUGCCACUGCUUAUUUUCAGAAACAUCAUUCCGAGGGAAUACAGAAUGAGAGUGGGGAUUUGGAGAAAGAGUCAGGGCACGAAGGGCACGUGCAUCUUCACACGCAUGCAACGCAUGGCCAUGCACAUGGCCCUCUUCUCUCUGAUGAUCAAUCCUCACUACUUCUUCGUCAUCGAGUCAUAUCACAGGUGUUGGAAUUGGGAAUUAUUGUUCACUCUGUUAUUAUUGGAAUUUCCUUGGGAGCUUCAGAGAGUCCUAAUACAAUAAAACCACUGGUAGCUGCGUUGACUUUUCAUCAAUUCUUUGAAGGCAUGGGACUUGGAAGCUGUAUAUCUCAGGCAAAUUUCAAGAGAGUAUCUGUUACAAUGAUGGGAUUGUUCUUUGCCUUGACUACUCCAGUGGGGAUUGGAAUUGGCAUAGGGAUCACAAAUGUUUAUGAUGAGAAUAGUCCAACGGCUCUUAUUGUGGAAGGAGUAUUCAAUGCGGCUUCAUCUGGGAUCUUAAUCUACAUGGCACUUGUUGAUCUUCUUGCCACUGAUUUUAUGAAUCCAAGGAUGCAAAAAAGUAGUAGGCUCCGAUUAGGGGCCAAUAUUUCUCUUCUGCUUGGAGCUGGUUUGAUGUCUCUUUUAGCUAAAUGGGCUUGA